AUGAUAUUGCUGCGACAAACUACUGUUUGGCUGAGCUGGGACUUGCAGGCAAUGAGAUAUGUGGCAAUUAAAAUUUUCAAGUCGGCACCGCACUUUGCCGAGACGGUAAGGGACGAAAUAAAGAUACUCAAGACGGUGCGCGAGACCGAUCCAUCGAAUCCACGCCGUCGCAAAACCGUCCAGAUGCUGGACGACUUCAAGAUCACCGACCUUAAUGGCACCCAUAUUUGUAUUGUGUUCGAGAUGCUGGGUGACAAUCUACUGAAACUCAUACGGAAGUCCAACUUACGCGGUAUUCCACUGGCCAACGUCAAAGCUAUUACCCGCCAAGUGCUGGAGGGUCUUGACUAUCUUCGCACGUGCUGCCAGAUCAUUUACACGGACAUAAAGCCCGAGAAUGUCCUCCUGUGCGUGGACGAGCCUCAUGAAUGCAAUGUCAACGUAAAGAUCGCCGAUCUGGGCAACGCUUGUUGGCUUGAUCAUCACUUGACCGAGGACAUUCAAACGCGCCAAUAUCGGUCACUAGAAGUUAUUAUCGGUGCGGGCUAUAACACCUCUGCGGAUAUGUGGAGCACUGCAUGCAUGCUAUUCGAACUGGCCACCGGUGAGUAUCUUUUUGAGCCACACUCCGGCGAAUCGUACACCCGCGACGAGGACCAUUUGGCCCACAUCAUCGAGCUGCUGGGUCCAAUACCGCGGUACAUUUUGCACCUAUGCGGCGAAGUCGUUUACCCCGUUCCUGCGAGCUACGAAAUAUCUCGGGCCUUAAGCCCUGGGGCCUAA